GUAAAAUUAAGAAAUUCGAUAAUUUUAAAGUUGCAAGAAAAUGUUAACUCUGUGUAUUUAAAGUGAUUUACAGAAGUAUAUAAAAAAUUAUAUCGACAUGUUUACAGAUAGAAAAAAACAAUAAAGAAAUGCGAAGAAGAUUUCAACGCGAGUCGUUGAAUGGCGCCACUAGCCGUAACUGACGACUUACUUCACAGUCGUCACAGUGAAGCGGAAAAAAACCAUUUCCGUUCUCGUUUAAACAGUUGCUCAUUGCGCGUGGUAAUUUAUGCGUCGAGUUCUAACGCUUGCGUGAAUGGGGAAACAAUUAGGAUAUUAGACAACGCGGGAAAUCGAGACCGCAACCGCUUCAAGUGUGAGAAGUUAAAUAAAGAUCGAAUAUAAGUGCGCGCGUGUGGUUCAUGUGUGUGUACAUGUGCCAUCGUUCUCGACAAUAACAGAAAAGAAGAGGACUCGACCAGCAGUGGCCGGAAGCACCGAAAAAUGGAUGCAACACAGCAGCGCGUCAUUUCCGGCUUGCUUCUAUUUGCCCUCGCCACGCUACACAUCGGUUACGCUAGAAACGGGCCCAAUUAUUACGGCAAGCUGAUCGGGACGUUGCAAGAAUACGCGCACGGUAUCAAAGGUAAAGUGUACGCUGUUGAUGACGCAACAUUAUUCAUAAAAGGAUUUUGCUACGACGGCACCGGCCCGGACGCUUACUUCUGGGUUGGUAACACUUCCAUGCCCAAUCCAGACGGUUACAUCGUACCUUACCCCGAGACUGAUAAGGACAGUGACCCGCAAGUGCUGCAGGCGUACAAUUACACCGACAUCAUUCUGAGGUUACCGGGAGGCAAGCGCAUACGCGAUAUCAAGUGGUUGAGCGUUUGGUGCAGAAGAUUUACCGUUGAUUUCGGCGACGUCUUUAUUCCAUCUGACUUAAAGGUACCAAAAUUACAAGUGCUCCCUGAAUUUUCGAGAUUAGCACACGGUCUCCGCAGCGGUAACAUUAGUAUUCUAGACAGCAAAACCAUCUACAUUCCGAAUUUACACUACGACGGUGGCGGUCCGGACGCUUACUUUUGGGUAGGCAAUGGUUCAGAACCCAACAUUUAUGGUAUCAAAGUUCCCAAUGAAAUGGGCAGUCUGGCACCAUUAAGAGGCUACCAAGGAGAGGACAUUGAGAUCGUCUUGCCGGGAAAACUGACAGUGUACGACAUCAACUGGCUUGCGGUGUGGUGCGUUGAAUACAGACACAAUUUCGGGCAUGUUCUAAUUCCAAAGGACCUCGACGUCCCACCGGCUCUCGGCCAGACGAAAAUUACGCCGCCGUGGUGGUACAAUCCAACAAGUAGCACACCAACGCCAAAGCCAGUCAACAAUUGUAAGGAGAUGUUGGAGGGUCGUGUUCAAGUGCAAUGGCAGCUGCUUGGCGAGGACGUGCAGAUCCGGGUUUCGGGACGUAUUAGAGAGGACCAGUACGUCGCGUUCGGGUUGUCGGGAAAGGAAGGCAAGGCCGAGAUGGUCGGCGGAGAUGUCGUUGUGAUCGGAUACGACAACAAGACCGGCAGAUUCAUCGCCGAGGAUUAUUACUUGUCAGCUAUCAGUCAGUGCGACGGCAAGAAGGGCGUGUGCCCCGAUAAGAGGGUUGGCGGCAAGAAUGACGCGGUGUUUGUGCAUGGAGAACGAAAGAACGGUAUAACAACUGUUACGUAUACGCGUCCACUUCGAACUAACGAACCGGAGAAAGAUAGAAUGAUUCCUGAAAGGGAAACGAGCGUGAUCGCUGCCAUCGGACCUCUAAACGUGCGGGGCGAAGCCAAUGCUCAUGAGAAAUUCGAUAAGACCACGGAAGAUAUUCGUAUCGAUUUUACGACAAGGCACAAUGUUCACGAGUGUACGAAUUCUCUGUAUAAUAUUCCAAACGAGCCCGAGAUCGAACCCUGGGUACCGGCGGUUAUUACUGAUACAAAUACUUUCACCGCAAGAAUCGGACCGACUGGCGCGAAAAGGGGUUAUUCGCGAAUAACAGGUACUCCCUCUUGGGGCAUUGCUUGGUAUAUCAAUGACUUGCUGAUCCCGGAGAUCACCGUCGAGCGAGGUAAAACCUAUACCUUUAUUGUCGAGGGUGGAAACGAUCCUGCCAAUCCUGCUAAAUAUCAUCCGUUCUAUAUAACUGACAGUUCGGAAGGUGGUUUCGGGCAAAAGAGCGAACAGCAACAGAUGGAGCAGAAGAUAUUCGCUGGCGUAGCCUACGAUUCCGACGGAUAUCCCUAUCCAACCGCAGCUGGUCGUUACUGCGAGUGGGAGCGCAUUGUAGUUGAUAACGCGGAUAAUUACGAGACAUUUAAGAGCUUCUUUCAAACACUCGAGCUUAAAUGCGAAAAAGGCGAGCCUGCCAAGCUAGAAUGGACCGUGGAAGAGAACACACCUGACUUAGUAUAUUAUCAGUGUUACACGCACAACCAUUUGGGCUGGAAGAUCAAUGUUGUUGACGAAGGAUACCAGAAGAAAAACGUAAAUGGCGUCAAUCAAGUUCUGCCUACGUUUGCGACGUUUGUAAUGUCUCUAAUCACAUUCUAUUUGUUUUCAAGAUGAAUCUUCUUGAAUUUUCUUUUUUUAACGCGGAACAAGUAAUAGGAGACAAAAAUUACGACGAAAAUUGAUCGAUCUAAGGUGAUUAACAAAAUUCUAGCUAUGUACACACGAUUGUUAAAAUCGACGAAACACGAUACAAGGUUGUAAGAAAGUAUAGCACGUAAGGUCUACUCGUAAGAUAAAAGAUUAGCAAAAUAUUUUUAAGACCUAUCAGAUUCAAUAUUUCAUAUUAUAUAUAUAUAUAUUAUAUAU